UUCGACCGAGGACAGUUUCUUGGAUAAUUGACAAAAACAUUUAAAAACGAUUAUGGAUGAAUUUUGAAAUAUUAAAAUGUGCAAAUGAGUUUCCCUCUUUUUAGUUUCAACCCGAGCAAAAAAACGUGUUUCUAAUAAUUUAGGAAAAAUAUGGAUUAUCGUGUAAUUAUCGUGUAAUUGGUGGUCUAAUAAUUUGUGUCAGUUAUUGAAACGAUGAAAUGUCCUAUAAAUUAUGAACUGUCCUUCCCCCUUCCCCCCUUCAAUAAUGUUUUUAUUUCGUAAUAAAGUUUUAUUAGAAUUUAUAAUAAUGAACGGAACGCCUAAGCGAUUGCAAUUUUUGCCACCACAAACACGUGAUAAUUUUGUUUUGCGGAUUAUUAAAAGUUCAUUUCAUGCUAUUUUUAUUUGGAUAUUUAAUGUCUACAAUUUUACAAUGUUAUUUGUUAAAAAACAAUACAGAAAGGUUAAAAAGCAACAAUUUGUUAAAUAUAGUGUUAUUCCCCUUUCACCAUUAACUGCACAAAGACUUUGUUUUGUGCGGCGUAAAAUAAUGGUGCUUGAUUUAGAUGAGACAUUAAUUCAUUCACAUCAUGAUGGACUUCUCCGGUCGACUGUUAAACCUGGAACACCUCCAGAUUUUAUUAUAAGGGUAACUAUUGACAAUCAACCGGUUAGGUUCUUUGUCCAUCUUAGGCCGCAUGUUGAAUUUUUUUUGUCAGUUGUUAGCUGUUGGUUUGACCUUGUUAUAUUCACUGCUUCAAUGGAAAUUUAUGGGGCUUCUGUUGCUGAUAAAUUAGAUCAAGGACGUGGAAUUUUACAAAGGCGAUAUUUUCGGCAACAUUGCACCCAGGAUUACAAUGGAUACACAAAGGAUUUGGCUGCUGUUCAUCCAGACCUUUCUUCAAUAUUUAUUUUGGACAAUUCUCCAGCUGCUUAUCGGAACUACACUCAAAAUGCCAUUCCAAUAAAGUCCUGGUUCAGUGAUCCGUCGGAUACUUGUCUUUUAAAUAUUUUACCUUUUUUGGAUGCUUUAAGAUUAACUUCUGAUGUUCGCUCAAUUUUAGGUCGAAAUUUACAUCACCGGACACAACAAUUACAAUUAAUGCAACAACAACAACAAUUUAGUUGUUUUCCUUCUAGAUGA